AUUACAGAUUCUAAUAGACUUUUCUACAACAUAAAAACUGUAUAGACUUCACUACAAUUUUGCAUCUUGCCGUGUUUUACUGAUGAAAGUAUAUACUGUAUAUUCAAUCAUUUGUUGGAGAAGCACACAUGUAAUGUAAAUUACCAAUAAUUGCCAAUAACAACCAGCUGGUAAAACACAAGUGGUUUAAGGUCCAUUGGUCAAAAAGUUCUAGGAAUUAAGACAAAGACGAACAAAAAGUUACAAGAAGUCAAAAUGGAAAAUGACACCCAAGUUGCAGUUUCAAUUCCUGUUCCAAGACCUCCAAAUGUUGAUGACUUUAUCAUCAUUAAACCCAUAAGUCAGGGAGCGUUUGGGCAAGUCUAUUUGGGGAAAAGGAAGACAGAUAAAAGAAUGUACGCCAUCAAGGUGAUGAGAAAAAGCAAAAUGAUUCGUAAGAACAUGACAAGAAACGUAUUAAGUGAAAGAAAAGCUUUGGCUCUCAGUAAAAGUCCAUACAUUGUCCAUUUGUUUUAUUCACUUGAAACAACUCUGGAUAUUUACCUCAUAAUGGAAUAUAUAAUUGGAGGAGAUGUAAAGUCCUUACUUGCAGUUCUUGGUUAUUUUGAUGAAAACAUGGCGGUUCUGUACGCAGCUGAAGUUACACUCGCUCUAGAAUAUUUACAUAAGCAUGGGAUCGUUCAUAGAGAUUUAAAGCCAGACAAUCUUCUUAUAACAGUCAAUGGUCAUAUUAAACUUACAGAUUUUGGUUUAUCAACUGUUUCAUUGGAUCGUGAUUUGAAUAUUUCUGAUGUCGUGAAAACACCAUCUGCGUCAGCCAAACCAAACAACCGAGAAUAUUUCCGAACUCCGGGUCAAGUUCUCUCUCUGAUCACUAACUUUAACUUUAACUCCCCAUGUCGUAACUCCGCAAGUCCCUCGUUGGUUGGUAAACAGAGUCGACCCCUUCGUGCAGGUGCACGCAGGUUUUCCUUCGAUGAACCGAGUAACCGUGGUUACGUGCCUUCUGUUAACAGCCCGCUUAUCACAUCCAAGGAUAAUGCGGCCAAUUCGAAUAAUCCAAAAUCGUCGACUGAUUCAAACGAAACAACCCCACCCGAUGGUCAACAACUUAAUUGUGAUGAAAUAAAAGAAACUCCGGCACGCACCUUAUAUGGGCGAGAGAGAGGUUACGACUCAAUGUCCGGCUCCAUCACCUCAGUUCGAGAUCUGCUUUCCCCAUUAAAGCAAUCGGGAAGUUGUGGUUUGUUACGACCAACUGAUAGAAGAAGGAACAUGUUACGACUCAACAGAAGAAUUCACUCAAAAUCGGAAGAUGCAUUCAACUACCAAUCACCUACCUGCCUCACUGAUUCUAUCAACGCAGUAUCGAGUGUUUCGUGUGAAUCAUCGGCGUCGGUUGGAAGAAGGUCAAAUACAAGGAUCCUUGAAGAUAGAUUAAGUGUUGGCUCAAAUAAAGAUGAAGUUUUUGAUGAAAAGGACGCAGAUGACGUGAUCUGUCGGAAACAGCGCCGUCAUUCAUCAGAUGAAGAUCAGAGGAAGAUGAGCGUUGAUGAUGAUGGAGAGAGAAAUCAUCAUCUCAACAUACCAGAUAUAGCAAGAUAUCCCUCCCAACCUUGUAAAAGAAGGAAAGUCCAACCAAGUCAGCAUUCAGGGUUAACAACAGAUAUCAAAGCUAUCAGUAUUUGUCAGGAGGGUUAUGUGAAUCCAGUGUUCAAAUACAACAGUGACGGCCACCAACCGGUAACAGACCCAACCCCAUUAUCACCUACUCCACAAAAUGCACACAACAAACCCUAUAACCCUGAAGUAACCCCAGAAAACAAGCCCCCUUACCCCCAAGGUUGCCCCCGAAACAAAACCUCACCCAUAAAUAACGAUUCGGAUUCUUUUGAGAAAAGUUUAUCGGACAUGGAUUUAAGUUUAAAAGAACUUUCAUUUGAUGACAAGAAAUCAACCACAAAUUCAUCUCAUGAUGGUUCAUGUGAAAAGUUGCUUUCAUUAAGUGAAGGGGAAUCCCCAGAUAAGAAGAAUGAAUUGAUCUACCAUUCAUCACCCAACCAGAGGAUAGGUUACCACAACAUUGGUAGCAAGCCCAUCCAACAUUCAACACCCUCCCAUGAUGAAUCUAUUGAAGUGGUUCGGGGCAUCGGGGACGAAUCAUUUAUUGCUAAACAACCUAUGUGUGAGUCGUUCAUCGGUGACCAUAGCAAUGAUGUUGAUGAAUUGAAACAAACAACGAGCAUGGAGAGCGGAAUCGUUGGGCUGGAUUCUACUGGUAUGACAUCAUCAUACCACGGUGUUUCCCCCCACCAUACAUCAGAGUGCAUUAUGGGAGAUAUAUCACCCAUAGCAACAAAACCCCUACCAAGCAUCUACCAUAACAAUGAGGGGUUGGACCCCAACCCACUAAGCAGACGAACGUUAAGUCCCGUGAUGGAGAUGAGUUUCCGUGAUUGUGGAAGGCACGUGGUUGGGAAGUCGGUUCUAAGGAAACCUUCGUUCAGGAAAGAUCCAUCAUACGAAGCACCUCGUAUCACACGAUCAGUCAGCUGGAACGACUUGACCAAUGACAACGCAGCCCCUCUAGUUCCCUCUAAUGGAGCACAUGACACGUCUUUGUCAUCGAACGAGGACGAAAUAUCAACGAAUAAUAUUCCGUUCCGUUGCCAUGGCGAUAUCAUGGAGGAAGAAGAUUGUGAGAAAUCGCGUGAAAAUGACAACGCUGACAAGCUCAAUCUCACCAGUGAUGAUGUCAUCAAUGAUGUCAUAGAUGAUGAUGUCAUCAAUAUGUCCACCGAGGGAAUUCCGCUUUCCAUGAUGACAUCACAAGCACCUGAUAAACUUCUUCUCUUUCCAAUGCAAGGAAAUAAAACUCCAAUUCGACCCAGAGUUGCGAUGGAUCCAUCACUCGACCAACAAAUCUGUGAACAAUUUAAAGUUCCACACCCCCAAGCGUUCAACAAUGUUACCCCACACCAAACAUUAUGUGACGUAGCCUACAGUAUAUUACCCAACACACUUAAUCUCAACACCAACCCCCCCACCCCAGGCACCCCUGAUUACCUCGCACCAGAGUUAUUACUCCGACAACCCCAUGGCCCCGGUGUGGAUUGGUGGGCUCUCGGAGUUUGUUUUUAUGAGUUUCUCGUCGGGUUGACUCCUUUCUCUGAUUGUAGUCUGGAUAAAAUAUUCUCAAAUAUUUUGAAAGGAGACAUAGAAUGGCCAGAAGGAGAGGAGAGUCUAUCAGAUGAUGCCGUCAAAUUAUUGAAGCAACUGUUGAAAAAAAGUCAAACAGAACGAGCAGGAUCAAAAGAAAUCCGGGAGUGCCCUCUCUUUAGCUCCCUUCCGUGGGAAAACCUGUUGGAAGUCGCCCCAGAAUUCGUCCCACAACCUGACAGUGACACCGACACCGGAUACUUCGACCCUCGGAACGAUAGAAGAAAAGACUCGGUCGCGGAUAACCCAGACUUAUUGCAAUGCACGAACAACGAUAAAUUAAACACCGAACAACCGACUGCAGAAGUACAGUAAGAUUCCACUGCCUGAUGUUUGCGACCUUAAGGUGUUAUUGCGUUCCACUGUGCACGGAAAUGCGUCCGUUUUAGCAUCCGGUUGCUUGGCGCAAGUGUUUGAUCUGCAUUAGAAUACAGUUUAUUAAGUCGUCGGGUAUUGGACGUAUUUUAAAAACUUUUCAGCUGCCGUGGUAUAAUGUUACUAACAUGUUGUUUUCAUUUUCCGCCAAGUACAGAUGGUGCAAUGUA